AUGGCUCUACAACUAUCCAAGUCAAAAAUGGCAUCUCGGCAUGUUUUGAAUUCGCUAAUGAAUAUAAACACAAGUGUCAAAAUCACCUCUACGGUUGUCUCAUCUCGCAUCCCGUCAGCCCUCCCACUUCCUCGCCGUUGCGAACCACGUCAGGCAAGUCCCGCAGAUGCGCGAUUUAUUUUCCAUUACUUCUCUACUUCUGACGCACGCAGGGUUCAAUCCACCAAAGCAUGUCUUCAAGUGAAGACCCUCGAAGACAGUCGCAAAAUCCUCGCCGCUCAGCGCCUCAAGCGUCCCGUCGCCCCCCAUAUCGCCAUCUACAAAUGGCAAAUUUCUGCGGUUCUCUCCUCCCUUGAGCGCCUCACAGGCAUGGCAUUUUCUGGCGGCCUAUACCUGUUUGGCAUCGCGUACGUUCUCUCCCCGUAUUUAGGAUGGGGUCUCUCGGCGGCCUCCAUGGCUACCGCGUUCGGUGCAUUGCCUCUCGCAGCCAAGGUAGCGGCGAAGUUUACAAUUGCGUGGCCAUUUGUGUUUCAUUGCUUGAACGGAGUGAAAUGCGUGGUCUGGUCAUCGGGGAAGUUUUUAACAAACCAGGGGGUUAAAAAGACGGGGAUGUUGACCGUUGGUGCUGCGACCAUCGGUGCCAUUGCGCUGGCCUUUUUCGUCUAA